UUUCACUGCUUUAAUGUAAUAAUAAUGUUUACAUUUUGAGCCAAUUAUUAUAUUUUUUAGUUUAUUUAUGGUUUCCUAAUAAUCAAAAUGCAUUAAAAAACAUUUUUAUUUGUAAACAGUUUAAUAAAAAAAACUGCUUGGAGCAUAAUCAUUGAGAAAACGGGUUGUUUUUUUCGGAUUCAUCUAGUGUGACACCCUCUGUUACAAGUAAAUAAGACCCACUUGCGGGAUAUUUAUAACGAUCGUAUCGUUUUUAGUCAUGGCUAAUUCUUAUAAUAAUGGUUAUCAAUACUCCACCUACAACAGUCCUGACUCUUCCUCGGGUGGAUAUGGAGAAUUUACUCGGUUGUCAGAUACCAUCAGCACUAACAUUCAAAAAGUUUCUCAAAAUGUGGCUUCUAUGCAGAAGUUGGUGAACCAACUUGGAACUCCUCAAGAUUGUGAGAGCUUGAGAUCACAGUUGCAUAAAGUCCAGAGCUAUACUAAUCAACUUGUAAAGGACACUAAUAAUCAUUUGAAAGAACUAUCUCUUAUACCUAACCCACCAACUGCAAAUGAACAAAAACAGAGAAAGGUUUUGAAAGAUCGUUUGACUACUCAGUUCUCUGAAGCUUUGAAGAAUUUUCAACUUUCCCAAAGAAAUGCCGCUCAAAAGGAAAAAGAGAGUGUUAUGCGAGCAAGAGCUCAUUCCGGUCUUAGUGGGAACCCGUUUGGAGAUGAUGCACCAGCCAGUGGACAAAACCUUAUUGACCUUGCUAGUCCGAGCCAAAGUCAAAUGAUGACAUCUCUACAAAUGGAAGAAGAGGUGAAUUUAGAAUUACUUCGAGAAAGAGAAGAAGCUGUUCGUAAAUUGGAGGCUGACAUAGUUGAUGUCAAUCAUAUCUUUACUGAUUUGGCUACAUUAGUACAUGAACAAGGAGAAGUUAUUGACAGUAUUGAGGCAAAUGUGGAAUCUACUCAAAUUCAAGUGGCAGAAGGUACACAACAGCUUGCUAAAGCAAGACGAAGCCAGGCUGCUGCAAGACGCAAGGCAUGCUUCAUUGUUGCAAUUUUCGUGUUUGUUGCCAUUGUUAUUGGUUUAAUAAUAUAUCUGUCAAAUUAAAACUAAGAUGUACAUGAACUGUAUUCAUUUGUGUAGAUUAUUUAGUAGCUUUAUUCUUAGUUUAUUUGUUAAACCUGUGAAUAAAAUUAUUUAAUAAA